CUCAGGAGAAAUUCUUUUGGUUCACUUCUGUAGCUGGCAUUGGGAAGUGUUUCUGCCCAGAGCCAGGAAGUCAGACUUACUCACCAGAGCCAUGCCUUGCCCAUCCCAGAGCUCGGAUGAACUGGUGUUCUUUGUGAAUGGAAAGAAGGUGACGGAGAAGAAUGUGGACCCGGAAGUCACUCUGCUGGCCUUCCUGAGGAGGAACUGGAUCCUUUGUCUCACAGGUACUAAGUAUGCCUGUGGCACAGGAGGCUGUGGGGCUUGCACCGUGAUGGUGUCCAGGCACGACGCAGUAUCCAGGAAGACAAGACACUUCUCUGUCAUGGCAUGUCUGGUGCCCCUGUGCUCCCUGCAUGGAGCUGCUGUCAUCACCGUGGAAGGCGUAGGAAGCAUCAAAACCAGGCUCCACCCAGUGCAGGAGAGAAUCGCCAAGAGCCACGGCACCCAGUGUGGAUUCUGCACCCCCGGGAUGGUGAUGUCCAUGUACGCCCUGCUCAGGAACCACCCACAGCCCUCAGAGGAACAGCUCAUGGAAGCCCUGGGGGGUAACCUCUGCCGCUGCACUGGGUAUCGGCCGAUUCUGGACAGUGGCAGGACCUUCUGCACGGAGCCAAAUGGUUGUCAGCAGAAAGGAACAGGAAAAUGCUGCUUGGAUCAGAAAGAAGACGAUUCCCUUGCAGCCAAAAGUAACAUCUGCAUGAAGCUAUUUGCAAAAGAGGAGUUCCAGCCCUUGGACCCAACCCAGGAGCCCAUAUUUCCCCCAGAACUCCUGAGGAUGGCCGAGAACCCAGAAAAACAAACCCUGACCUUUUACGGGGAGAGAAUUACCUGGAUCUCUCCAGGAACCCUCCAAGACCUCUUGGCGCUGAAGGCAAAGUACCCCGAAGCCCCUGUUGUUUCAGGCAACACAUCUCUGGGACCAGCCAUGAAGUCUCAAGGACACUUUUACCCAAUUCUCCUCUCUCCUGCUAGAGUUCCUGAUCUAAAAACAGUGACUAAAAACAGUGACGGACUGACCAUCGGCGCCUGCUGCAGCCUGGCUCAGGUGAAGGACAUCUUGGCUGAGAACAUCUCUGAGCUCCCGGAGGAGAAAACUCAGACCUACCGAGCUCUCCUGAAACACCUUCGGAGCCUGGCGGGGCAGCAGAUCCGGAACAUGGCGACCUUAGGUGGACACGUUAUAAGCCGGCAUUGCUACUCAGACCUGAAUCCUAUUCUCUCUGUGGGCAAAGCCACCCUCAACCUGCUGUCAGAAGUAGGCGCACGGCAGAUUCCCCUCGAUGGAUCUUUCCUUGCUGGGUUGGCGAGUGAGGACCUGAAGCCAGAGGAGAUUUUGACAUCUGUGUACAUCCCUCACUCUCAAAAGUGGGAGUUUGUGUCUGCCUUCCGGCAGGCCCAGUGCCAUCACAACGCUUUGCCCGAUGUGAACGCUGGCAUGAGAGUCCUGUUCAGUGAGGGCACAGACACCAUCGAGGACCUGAGCAUCGCCUUUGGCGGGGUGGGGCCGGCCACUGUCAGUGCACACAGAUCCUGCCAGCAGCUCCUUGGCAGGCACUGGAAUGCGCUCCUGCUAGACGAGGCUUGUAGGCACCUUCUGGAAGAAAUCUCGCUCCCGGGAUCAGCUCUAGGAGGCAAAGUGGAGUUCAAGAGGACUCUGAUGGUCAGCUUCCUCUUCAAGUUCUACCUGGAGGUUCUGCAGGGACUGAGGAGAAAACUAAAGCUGUCCUCGGAGUCUGCCGACAGCCAGCACUAUCCAGCGAUUGCAGACCGGUUCCUGAGUGCUCUGGAAGAUUUCCAGGUCACACUACCCCAGGGAGUCCAAACAUACCAGAGUGUGGAUCCCCGCCAGCCUCUCCAAGAUCCAGUUGGCCGUCCCAUCAUGCAUCUGUCAGGUCUUAAACAUGCCACAGGGGAAGCCACAUUUUGUGACGACAUCCCCAGAGUGGAUGAAGAACUUUUCAUGGCUUUGGUGACCAGUACCAGGGCUCAUGCAAGAAUCAUCUCCAUCGAUUCAUCUGAGGCCUUUGCCCUACCUGGUGUGGUGGAUGUGAUAACAGCUGAGGAUAUUCCAGGAGCCAAUGGUGCCGACGAUGACAAGUUACUGGCUGUAGAAGAGGUGCUCUGUGUGGGCCAGAUCAUCUGUGCCGUGGUUGCAGAGACUGAUGUUCAGGCAAAACGAGCAACCGAGAAGAUAAAAAUCACCUACGAGGACCUGGAGCCUAUGAUUUUCACCAUCGAGGACGCCAUAAAACACAAUUCGUUCCUGUGUCCUGAAAAGAAGCUCGAACAAGGGAACAUCGAGGAGGCGUUUGAAAACGUGGAUCAGAUAGUUGAAGGAGAGGUCCAUGUUGGAGGGCAAGAACACUUCUACAUGGAAACCCAAAGAGUGCUCAUUAUCCCGAAGACAGAAGACCAGGAACUGGACGUGUACGUGUCCACCCAGGACCCAGCCCAUGUGCAGAAAACAGUGUCCUCUACCUUAAACAUCCCCAGCAACAAGAUCACCUGCCACGUGAAACGCGUGGGUGGAGGUUUUGGAGGAAAGGUGGGGAGACCAGCUGUGUUCGGGGCAAUUGCUGCGGUGGGGGCUGUCAAAACUGGCCUUCCCAUUCGCCUUGUUCUGGACCGAGAAGAUGACAUGCUAAUAACUGGGGGAAGGCAUCCAUUGUUUGGAAAAUAUAAAGUGGGAUUCAUGAACAGUGGACGAAUCAAAGCCCUAGACAUCGAGUGUUACAUCAACGGAGGGUGUACCCUAGAUGACUCGGAGCUGGUCACGGAAUUCCUUGUGCUGAAGCUGGAAAAUGCAUAUAAAAUCCGCAACCUCAGACUCCGAGGUCGUGCGUGCAUGACCAAUUUACCGUCCAACACAGCCUUCCGUGGGUUUGGCUUCCCACAGGGAACCCUGGUCACAGAAUCCUGUAUCACAGCUGUGGCAGCUAAAUGUGGGCUUCCACCGGAAAAGAUUAGGGAGAAAAACAUGUACAAAACAAUCGAUAAAACCAUCUACAAACAAGCUUUCAGUCCCGAGCCCCUGAUCAGGUGUUGGAAUGAGUGUCUGGACAAGUCUUCCUUUCACUCCAGAAGGACACAGGUGGAAGCGUUCAAUCGGAAGAACUACUGGAAGAAGAGGGGUAUUGCUAUUAUCCCCAUGAAGUUUUCAGUUGGCUUUGCUGCAACAAGCUACCACCAGGCCGCCGCACUGGUCCAUAUCUACACGGACGGGUCUGUGUUGGUCGCACACGGAGGCAAUGAACUGGGACAAGGUAUCCACACCAAAAUGCUACAGACCCAACCAGAGGAAGUUGUCAGUCAGAGCAGGGCGACCGCAGCAGGGAGCACGCGUCAAGUUUUACACGUGAAAUAUUCUCAUUUUCACCUAACAAAUGGUAUAUCUACUCAAUCUCUCUUAAAUGUGCCCGUUCCACAGAUAGAAGCAGCAUUUGAACAGAGAAUCAGCCUUUCGGCCACUGGAUACUUCAGGGGCUACAAGGCCUUUAUGGACUGGGAGAAGCAGGAGGGGGACCCGUUCCCGUACUACGUCUAUGGAGCUGCCUGUUCCGAGGUUGAGAUCGACUGCCUGACAGGAGCUCACAAGAAAAUCAGAACGGACAUUGUCAUGGAUGCCUGUUGCAGCCUGAAUCCAGCCAUUGAUGUCGGGCAGAUAGAAGGCGCAUUUAUUCAGGGAAUGGGUCUUUACACCACGGAAGAGCUGCACUAUUCUCCAGAAGGGGUCUUGUACUCUCGGAGCCCGGAGGAGUACAAAAUUCCGAGCGUCACUGAUGUCCCUCAGCAAUUCAACGUGUCCUUGUUGCCCAACUCUGAGACUCCGCUAACCAUCUACUCGUCUAAGGGCCUGGGGGAGUCUGGGAUGUUCCUGGGGUCAUCUGUGUUCUUUGCCAUUGCCGAUGCGGUGGCUGCGGCGCGAAGAGAACGAGACCCCUCCGAGGACUUCACAGUGCAGAGCCCAGCAACGCCGGAGCGGGUGCGCAUGGCCUGUGCGGAUCGGUUCACAGACAUGAUCCCAAGAGAUGACCCGAAGACAUUUAAACCUUGGUCUAUACCUAUAGCUUAAGCUGCCUUCGUUUCCUAAGAGAUACUUCAGUACUCAAGUGAAAAGAAUCCGAGCUGGACUCCAGACUGAUACUCAUAUACUAUAGGGUGGGAGGGAAGGGUUAGAUUGACACAAAGUUUAAAAGUUUAGAAACACUAUUCAAACCUAACUGCAUCAGCAAGAUAAAUCAUUUCUUACAAAUUAGUUACUUAGUGUCCUCAGCCUAGAGGCCGCCCGCAAGCACCGCAACGACUGAAGCAUAUCUAAUGAUUUGUCUCUAAAAAGACUGAGUAUGUGUUGCUGAAGAAGGACUAAAAAGGAGAUCAGGUGUGCAGCAGCCAUCUUUGCCGGGAAGACCCUCCCUGCAGAUAAACACGUGAUGACGUAGGCCGGUGACGUGUUGACGCAGGAGUCACUGAGCCCUAGCAGGGCGUGGUUUCUGCACGGUUUGGUUUGCUUUUCACCAGGGAUCGGCUGUGGGUCUACUUACGUUCGUUUAACAGAAACGUAGUGGGAUUUGCCUUGUGUUAGAUGAUCGUUCAGUACGUGAGCAUUCCCUUUGGAAUUUGAAGGAGAAAAGAAAGAUAGUAUAUAGACUUUUGAAAGGAAUGGCACAGAGUGUUUUCCUUUUAUUUAUUUCUGUGGGUUGUUUUUUUUUUUUUUUUUGAGGGAGGGAAGGUGUUUGUUUUGUUCUUUGCCGUUUUGCUUUUGCUUUUUUAUGGAACGCAUCUGAUCUGACACGAGAGCCUGAGAAAUACUGGAUGACUUGGUUUCCCAUGCACUGACAUAGGUAACAGAGUAAACGGAUCAUAAAUGGGAAUCAACCUUGACCUGGGGUUUAAGAUAUUUGGAGUUAAAAUGUAGGUAGGUGAUGGGGGGGGGCGGUUGUCUAGUAUGUCCUAUGUCAGUCCUGAGUUUGAUCCCCGGCACAACAAAAAAACAAAACUAAAAACGAUAAAUGAUAAAAUACUCAGGGUCCAUGGUCGUCCAAUCUGGGUUUUAAGAGCUUUCAAAGGAGGAGAAACAGCAUCUAAAUUGACCAGAGCUGAGGGAAAGGCUGACAGUCAGGAUUCUUAGGUCCCAGUGGGCAAUCCAGAAGGGGACAGAGAAGGUGAGGUUGAGCUGAGAGCAAGAGGUGCGUGGUGGGUGAGAGGUGCAGGGGGCUGGGGAAGGAGGCUUCUGUCGCUUAAGGCCACAGAGACGUUGGCUUGCAGGGACCAGGACACAGCUGUCCACAGGCCCAUCUGCUGGCUUUAGCGGGUCAAGCUAGGCGCAAUGAUAAGAGGGACAUUGAGAUUUUUGGAGGGCUGAGGUGAAAAUUCAGAAUUAAGAAAACAAAUCUAAGCUUUUAAAAAAACAAAUACCUUAACUUAAAAUCUAAUGAUAAUUUCCAAAAAUUGCUUCCUCACUUAUAUUAUUAAAAUGGCCAGGCGAUGGUGGCGCACGCCUUUAAUCCCAGCACUCGGGAGGCAGAGGCAGGUGGAUCUCUGUGAGUUCGAGACCAGCCUGGUCUACAAGAGCUAGUUCCAGGACAGGCUCCAAAGCCACAGAGAAACCCUGUCUCAAAAAACAAAACAAACAAAAAAAAAAUGGUUAUCCAUAUAGUUGGGCGUUUGUUUUUUUUUUUUUAAACUGGUUUCUUGGGGAUAAGGGUAGUUACUGGAAAUGUAUUUUCUUUGUAAUGGGUGAGGACUUCUAAAUAUUCAAAUGAGUAAGAUCUUCAUACAAAUUAUUCCUAUAAAUUGAUGUACUAGAAACUGAAGAGUAUAAAU